AUGGCCGGUCGUCCAGGCCUCCCGCGCCGACUGCUGCCCGCCGCCCUGGACCGCGAAGAACAGGGCCUCCCUGCGAUGGCGAUGGCGAUGUCUAUGCCCCACCCCCUUCCGCAGGCCUACACCCACCAGUCCAACCCCCCACGGGACAUCCCCUACCCUCACGAAUCACCCACGCACCCCCCUCCUCCCCCAACCAACAAACUCCUCAUCUUCCGCGCCCUCACCGGCAUCGACCACGUCCCCGCCCUGACCCUCCCCGAGACCCACCCCACCUCUUACUCCUCCUCCUCCUCCCCCGAGUCCGACCUCGCCCGCCCCGCCCCCAACAUAGGCAUCUACACCCGGGUCAUUCGCGCCGAACACACCGCCGCGUCACGGUACCGGUUCUUCGGUAUCCUGAUCAACGUGUGCCUCGGCGUCCAGAUGAUCGUGGCCGCGACGCUGACAGUCCUGGGCGCCGCGCGCGGGCCCCACGCCGCCAUCACGGUCUUCGGCGCCAUCAACACCAUUGGCGCGGCCGUGCUGACCUACCUGAAGGGCUCCGGGCUGCCGAACCGGCUGAAGCACGACCAGAAUCUGUGGCGGGGGGUGCGCGAAUAUAUCGAGCAGCGGGAGCGGGAGCUGUGUCUGGAUGGGAGUGAGCUGGAUGUUUUGGUCGAGGUGCAGGUUAUUGAGGGGUUGUAUGAGGGGUGA